AUGGAUUGCAGGACCUUGGAACUAAGGCUGUUAUCGGCUGACCAGAUCAAGAACGUCAACAACUUCUCCACGAUGGACGUCUACGCCGUCGUUUCAGUCUCCGGCGGAGCCGACAAGCACAAGUUCAUCACACCCAUCCACAAAAACUGCGGCACCCACCCCAGAUGGAACCACUCCCCCUUCACUUUCACUCUCGACGACGCCGCUCUUAACCAGAACCGCCUCACGCUUAAGAUCAAGCUCAUCUCCGACCGAAUCCUCAAGGAAACCAAGAUCGGAAAGGCCGUCAUUCCGGUGAGUCAGCUGCUAGAAAAUAGUGGCAAGGACAACAUCCCGUACGUGACCUACACGGUUUUAAGGCCCAAGGAGAAACCCCAGGGCUACGUCACUUUUGUUUACAAGUUCGGCGAGAAAUUUUGGGCUCCUCUUCCCGUUCAGCCCAAGGCCCAAAAGGAGGUUCUCGAGCAGCCAAGGAGUUUGAUGUCCAUGCCACAUCCGCAGGCCGAGUAUGAGUACUCGUCACUUUUGCAUUUGAGUUAUGGGUAUCCGUUACAGCCGCAAGCCGAGUACGAGUACUCGUCGAUUGUGCAACAAAAUUACGGGUACCCGAUACAAUAA